AUGAAGAAAAUUGAGAUGUUAGGCAAGCUUAAGAGUGGCUCACGUGUGGUGGAUAUAGUGAGGGCCUGUGGCCUUAAUGAAGCAUCAGCUCGUACAAUUAACAAAAUGAGUCUCUUUCCAAAGGUUGUUUUCAAGAAGCAGUUGAGCAGGUACCAGUGGGUUUCUUUGAUCAUCCUGACCUUGGGAUGUGUCAUCAAGCAGCUAAGUUCCAUUAAGAAAGAAGAAGUAUCACCCACACAUACUGUGUCCAUAUUGACAACACUGCUUUCUAAUGUUGUAUCACUUCAUAUAUUCCUCAUGUUAGUUCAGGUGUUCUGCUCCUGCCUUGCUGGUGUCUAUAAUGAAAAACUGUUGAAAGACACUGGUGCUGAGGUGCAUAUUAUGGUGCAGAAUGUCUUCAUGUACAUUGACUCCAUCAUUUGUAAUGCACUGGUUCUCCUCUGUAGAGGAGACAUAUUAUCUGCCUUUACAACUACAUCACUAUCUCAGGUUUGUUGAUAUAAAGAUAUUUUU